UCUCGCGUCUUUCUUCCUUCAUCUCACCCAGAACUUCAAAAUCUCAGAGAAAGAAACACUGUUCCUCUCUUCAAAUUUCGUCUCUCUUCUUGAAUAUCAAGAACAUGGAUCAAAUGGAUACCUCCCAAGUCACGAGGCCACGUCAACAAUGGAUAUCACCGUCGACUGGUCCAAUCUUCCAGUCGAGCUCUGGCCGCUGAUAGGAGAAAAGCUCGAACUGUGCAUCCAGUCUCUCCAAUUCCGCAGCGUUUGUCAUUCAUGGCGUUCUUGUGCCUCGCUUCCACCCUUCACUUCCUCCGAAAUUCCCUCUCCCAUUCUCCGAUGGACCCACCUCCUUCCUCUCCCAAAACACCGUCUACCUCCUACAGAGCCCCUCCACGUCAUCACUGGCGCCGCCGUCGUCUGGAUGUUGGUUGGUCAAGGUCGAAGAGUGCGACAUAAUGCUUCUUCAGAAUCCGAUCACCUCCAGGCGAAUCAGGGUCAGCCAUAUGUGGUGGAUAGCUUGGGUUAUGUUUUUACGAUUGAUGUGUCUUCAGAAGUGAUAGUGAAGAUUUCGUCGAAAGUGAUUGGUUUUGGUGGGAGGAAGCAUUUGGUAGAGUCUUGUGGAGAGCUUUAUGUGGUCGAUAUGUAUUUUGAUCAAGAACAAAAUAAGCAAGAAGGGGCUGGUGUUGAGUUAGAUUUUUCUUUAUUUGUCCGUUGGCGUCAUGGAAGACACCAAAGAUAUCAGUCUGGUGAACUCAAGGUAGUUGAUUUUAAGGUUUGCAAGUUGGAACUGUUGAAUGGAGAGUUGGGCAGAUGGGUUGAAGUGAAGAGCUUGGGUGAUCGAGCGUUUUUCUUGGCUAUGGAUUGCUGUUUCUCUGUUUCGGCCCAAGAAUUGGCUGGGUGCAGAGGGAAUUGCAUUUACUUCUCAGAUGAAAACAAUGUUAAUCUUGCUCUUAGAGAAGUAACUAGACCAGAGAGUUUCAUGUUCUACUUAGAGGACCAUAGCAUUCAGAAGUUGAGAUCUUCCCCAGGCGAUUCCCAAAUAUUUUGGCCACCUCCAAUUGAGCUCGGCUCCACAUGUUCGUAUUCUCUGGAUUGA